UUGCUGGGGGCCGCCAUGCUUGCGGCGGGCGCGCGCGCGCGGCGAGCGGGCGGAUGUUGACGCCGUGAGGGAGCGAUGGCGGCGGCGGCAACGGCGGUGGGGCCCGGGCCCGGCGAGCGGCAGCGGCGGGUGCAGGCGUUGAGCGCGGCGCUGCGCUGCCGCCUCGGGCCCUACGAGCCGCUGCUGGGCGCCGUGCAGGCCGCGCUGGUGUGGGAGCGGCCGGGCCGCAGCGCGCUGUGCUGGGCGGCGGUGCACGGCCUGUUCUGGUUCUUUGCUUUGACUUCCCUUCGUUUGCUGUUCCUGAUUGCUGUAACCCUCAUAGUGGUAGUGUGUGUAGACCAGUGGAAACACAAAAUCUGGCCAGAAAUUGGUGUGGCAAGACCUGAUGAAUUAGACAAUGAGAGCUGGGGAUACGUCCACCCUCGGCUGCUGGGGCUGCCAGAGCUCUGUCAUCAUUUGGCUGAAGGAUGGGUGACUGGGACCAACUUCUUGAAUAAUCUCUUCGUUUUCAAGAGGCAAAGUCCUGGCAAGUUUUGCCUUUUAGUGUGUGGAGUGUUCACUUUCCUGGCUGUCCUGGGCCGGUACAUCCCUGGGCUCUUGCUCUCAUACCUGCUGUUGCUGCUGGUGCUGCUGUGGCCCCUGGCCGUGUACCACAGGCUGGGGCAGAGGCUGUACCUCAGGCUGGAGCCCGUGCUGCGGCGCCUGGACUUCAGCGUGCGCGGAUACGUGACAGCGAGGCAGCGCCAGCGGCAGCUGCAUGGCCGGGCCCUGGGUGAGGAAGCCACAGAUGAUGGGAGUGACAGUGAAGAGGAGCUGGCUGCAUUCUGCCCCAAGCUGGAUGACUCUGUGGUGGCCAAGGAACUGACCAUCUCCGACUCUGAGCAUUCAGAUGCUGAGGUUUCCUAUACUGAAAAUGGGAUGUUUAACCUUUCCAGGGGCCAGACACCCCUGACAGAGGGAUCAGAAGACCUGGAUGGUCACAGUGACCCAGAAGAAUCUUUUGCCAGGGAUCUGCCUGACUUCCCUUCCAUAAACCCAGAAGCAACGGGCAUAGAUGAUGAGGAUGACACCAGCAUUGGGAUCCCUAGCCUGGCAUACCGCCCACAGGGGACAGAGGAUCUGCAGCUCCCGUACGAGCAGGAGGAGUUUGGCACGCUGCCAUCGGUGCAGAACCUCACCAACAACAUCGCUGGCUUUGUCACCAGGGGCAUGAUCCAGCUGGCUCUGUCAGGAGGCUCUCAGGCAGGCCCCUCACGCAGCACCAAUCCCCAGAGAGGGGCAAAGACUCACCUCAGAGCAGCCAGUUUGGACUUGGACACUGAUGCUGAAGGGGAUGACUUUGAACUGCUGGAUCAGUCCGAGCUGAACCAGCUGGAUCCCACUGGCUCCCGGGGCCAGUAAACCAUCCUGGCACUUCCCUCUGGUUUUCUACUGCGCAUCAUGGAGUGAAUCCUGGAAGGAAAAGCUUUGCACAGUUCUCUCAAUCGUCUCCUGGGGGUCUGGGUGAUGUGACAGCCACUCCUGGCUGGGUGCACCACUGUCACCUGUGACUCCAUAGCCUCGCUUGGAUGUUAAAAUAAAGGACACUUGCAAUCUGUA